UUCCAGUAAUUUCUACGGGCAGCAAAAGCGGAGGUCCGCGCGAGGAGUGUUCCAGAAAUCGCGUGAAGCACACGGUCAGCCGCCGCACGCGCCUCACAUUUAAGCCGGUAAUACCGAACAAACAUGGCGAAGUGGGGAGAAGGCGACCCUCGAUGGAUUGUAGAAGAGCGGGCGGACGCGACAAACGUCAACAACUGGCACUGGACGGAGAGGGACGCCACAAACUGGUCCUCGGAGAAGUUGAAAGAGCUCCUGGUGGGGCUGUGCGUGGAGAACGAUGAGGGCAAGUGUGAGAUCACGGAGGUCAGCAAGCUGGAAGGCGAGGCAUCCAUCAACAACCGCAAAGGAAAGCUCAUCUUCUUCUACGAGUGGAAUCUGAAGGCCAAGUGGAAAGGGACGUCAAAAUCGGGGAUAAAGUACAAAGGAAAUGUUGAAGUUCCAAACCUUUCAGAUGAAAAUGAUAUGGACGAUCUUGAUAUCUCUGUGAGCCUUUGCAAAGAUGAGCCGGAAACGUCACUCUUUGAGUUGAUGCGUAAGGACGGUGCAGAUAAAGUCCGAGCAGCGCUAGAUAGCUACGUGGGGCUUCUCAAAACAGAGUUCACACAGGGUAUGAUCUUACCUACAGCCAAUGGUGUAACCAAGCAGCAGAUGUCCCAGACAAAAGUCAAGACGGACAAGACUAAGAUUGGUGGCAGUAGCACAGCUCCUCCACCCAGCACAGGAGUAAAGAUCCCCACCUGCAAGUUCUUGCUGAAGGAAACCUUCCUCACCUCGCCGGAGGAACUAUACAGAGUCUUCCUCAAGCAGGAGAUGGUGCAGGCAUUUACACACACUGCUGCCAUGGUCGAACCCGAGAAGGGAGGAAAAUUCCGCCUCUUUGAUGGGAACGUGCUUGGAGAAUUCCAGGAGCUGGUUCCUGAGGAAAAGAUAGUCAUGAGGUGGAGGUACAACACAUGGCCAAGUGAGCACUAUGCGACCGUGACCCUGACCUUCACAGACAAGGGCAACGAGACGGAGCUGAGGGUGGAGUGCCGUGCCGUACCCGGGAGCGAGGAGGACCGCACGCGAGAGGGCUGGCAGAGGUACUACUGCCAGGCCAUCAAACAGACAUUCGGCUACGGCGCCCGACUCUGCUGAACUUCCCAAACAAACAGACACACUGCUGUUCUUGGCCCUGGUUUGUUUGUUUUUUUGUUUUUUUUUUUUUGUAAUUUUUCCUCUAUUUUGGGUCCACAUGUCCAAAUGAGAGAAGUGGAAUGAAUCUCCACGGAACAUCAGACUUUUGCGUUGCUCCAUCUUCUGUAUCUGUUCUUUCUGGUUUUGGUUUUGUGGUCAAAAAAAAUCCAAAUAUCUGGAAAGGAAGUGAAUGGAGGGAGAAUGUGAUUUCUCUGGAGUGAAGGGAGGGAGAAAAGGAAAUGAGGUUGAGUCACUUAUUCACGUGUUCCCUGCAUACGUGUGUAAUGAAUUGAAGACAUUUAUUGUAGCAAGGUAAGCUCUCCACAUCAUGCUCUGACAGCCUGGAGAGGUGCAGAGUUGAGGCCUGCCUUUGGACCGAGGGGGGGGGGUGUUUUUGUUUUUUUUAA